GGCUGAGUGUAGUCAACUCCCAAGUCUUCCAUAAAUUGCUUCCUCCGCCAUUUCUCGCUCCAAUUAUGCGAGGAAGAAGUGUUCCGAUGAUCAAUGGCGGACGCGGCGGUCGAGUUUCUGCUGGAGAAUUUGAAGCAGCUGCUUCUCUACAACGCCAGCUUGAUUCUCGACAUCAAGGAUCAGGUCGAGUUCCUCUACAACGACCUCUGCUUGUUCAAAGCUUUCCUCAAGGAUUCCACCGAAAAGCGCCGCAGCAAUCAGAUACUCAAGGAGCUGGUCAAGCAGAUCAGAGACGUCGUGUACGAAGCUGAGGAUGCCAUCGACACCUUUGUUGCUACAAAAGCACACCACAAGGCUCGGAAGGUCAUAGAGAAAAUGAUUCACAUCCUUGAUUAUAACGCAACGCUCCGCCAGCUGGCAAAGAAAAUCGAGAAGAUUAGGGCGAAGGUGAAGGAUAUUUACGAUAAUAAGAAAUUUGGAUUUGAAGCUCUAACCGAUCCGGAUGGAGCUGGCAAAGGCACCAAAGAGAAAAAGCCUCCCAUAGUUGAAGAGGACAAUGUUGUGGGUUUUGAAGAUGAAGCAACAAAAGUGAUUGGACUUCUCAAAGGAGGAUCUGAUGGCUUAGAAGUUAUCUCGAUUGUUGGGAUGCCCGGUCUUGGGAAGACAACAUUGGCCAAAAUGGUCUACCGUGACCCUAGAACUGAAUUCGAAUUCUACAGGCGAGCUUGGGUAUAUGUUUCUCAAGAGUAUAGCAGAAAGGAGGUGUUCCUGAACAUUUUGGGUCAUUUCACCCAGAUCACUGAUGCUAUCAAUAAGAUGACCGAUGAAAUGUUGGCUAAAAAACUUUAUGAGGAGCUUGGGAAGGGAAAAUAUCUAAUCGUAAUGGAUGAUGUUUGGACUGAGGCAGCUUGGACUGAUCUCAAGGUUGCCUUCCCCAAGAACAACAAGGGGAGCCGAAUAUUGAUCACCAGUCGAAUCAAGAAUGUUGGAAAGCAUGCUAAUCCUAAUAGGGAUCCUCACGACUUACGCUUUCUAACGAAUGAUGAAAGUUGGAGGUUGCUCCAAAGAAAGGCACUAGGUGAAGAGAACUGCCCCGAGGAAUUGGUGCAAUAUGGGAAGCGUAUAGCCAAUGAAUGCGGUGGCCUACCCCUUGCAAUCGUGGUAAUCGGAGGGAUUCUGCUUGAAAAAGGUCCAGACUGGUGGGAAACUGUUGCCAAUAAGGUUGAUGCAUAUAUUGCCAUGGGCCAGGACCGAAGAAUGAAUGAGUUUAUAUCUCUGAGUUACAAUCACUUGCCUUAUCACUUGAAGUCAUGCUUUAUCUACUUUGGGAUGUUCCCUGAAGACUUCGAGAUCCCGGUUUGGAAAUUGGUUCGAUUGUGGAUUGCUGAAGGGUUCAUUCAGGAGCAACAGGGAAUGACUUUGGAGGAUAUUGCAGAGGAAUACUUGGAGGAUCUUGUCAAUAGGAAUUUAGUGAUGGUUGGACGAUUCAGAUCAAACGGUAAGAUCAAAACAUGCCGCAUUCAUGACAUGCUGCAUGAAUUCUGCAAAACUGAAGCAGCAGAAGAGAAUUUUUUCCAAGAAAUAAAGCAUUCUGAUCAAGGCACCCAUUCAUCUACCAACCUGGCCUUAGAAAAGUAUCGUCGCCUCUGUAUACAUACCCGUGUCUUGAGCUAUAUUGCUUCAAAGCCACAUGGUCCGCGAGUUCGUUCGUUCUUGUGUUUCUCGGCUGAAGAAAAUAUCUUACCGGUUGAGCUCAACUCACACAUCCCUGGAUCAUUUAUGCUGCUCAGAGUAUUGGACGCUAAGUCUUUAAUCUUUGGUCGUUUUCCUAAUGAUCUUACCCAACUUGUUCACUUGAGGUACAUUGUUCUUUCGAGUGAUUUUAAGGUAAUUCCUGCAACCCUCUCCUGCCUGUGGAACAUUCAAACUUUUGUCAUUGAGACAUCUCAUCGGACACUUGACAUUAGGGCAGAUAUAUGGAAGAUGAUUCAUUUGAGGCAUGUAAAAACAAAUGCAUCCACAAGUCUACCAUCCCCUCUUUCCAAAUCAAGAAAAAGUAAAGACGAUGCCUUGAUGAUCGGUAGCCUGCAAACACUUUCGAUGAUAUCCCCUGAAAGUUGUAGCGAAGAAGUGUUUGCCAGAGUUCCAAAUCUGAAUGUUUUGGGCAUUCGCGGUCAGGUAUCUAUGCUUCUCGAAAACAGGAGUGGAAGUAUGCUAUUUGAUAGUUUGGGUAAAUUGAGUCAUCUUGAAAAUUUAAAGCUGUUGAAUGAUGUAUUCCCGCGCCCGCCAUCUGAGGGGAAACUUAUGACACUUCCUCUGAGUUACAAGUUUCCUCCGAAGCUGAAAAAGCUUACAUUAUCGGAUACCUUACUCGAUUGGAAGCACAUGUCUAUUCUAGGCAGGUUGGAUAACCUCCAGAUCCUUAAACUGAAAGACAAUGCAUUCGAGGGAGACUGGUGGCAACCUGAAGACGGUGGUUUUCGUGCUUUGAGAGUUUUACAUAUCGGCAGGACUAAGUUAGAGACCUGGAAUGCUUCUGCUCAUCACUUUCCGAGACUUCGACAUCUUUUUCUUAAACAUUGCUCCCAUCUUGAAGCACUCCCACUAGGAUUUGCAGAGAUUUCAACCCUCCAACUAGUUGACCUCUACUGUACCACAAGAUCAGCAGCUGAAUCUGCUCGGAAAAUUCAGCGAAAAAAACAAGAAGGGCAGAACAACGGAGGCACCAGAUUUAAGCUCUGUAUUUAUCCUCCGGAGCAAUGAAGUGAUGACUGUUUUGAUGCAGCUUGGAGCUGUUGUAUCUUCUUCUUGCUGAUCAUAUAACAAACUCAUGUUCUUACUGAAUAUGCCACUAGCAGGUAGUAGUCGAAGAUGCAUUGUACAAGAAUCGAUGUCAGGUCAGGUGCGUUGAGUGUUGGUUUCUCCCAUUCCUGUCAACCUUCUUGCAUCUGCCAUAGUUCACAUUAUAUUUCGUGUGUUGUGUUUCAGAUUAUUUAAUCUAUUUGGAAUUGCAUUUCUUCGAGACCUCUGUAAAAUUUCGUGUGUUGUAUUUCAGAAUAUUUAUUUGCAUUUCUUGCUAAACUUUUGAUUUGGUUUGAUUUUA